GCGGGCGCGAGCAAACAACGCCAGUGGUAGAUUGCCCAUUCCGACCUGUCUUCAACCAAGUUGAAGACAGUUACCCAACAUGUUGGGGUGUGUGUACAUACUCGCAUUGUGUGUGCUCGCAACUAGCACCUCGCAGCCGGAUGAGGUCGCCCCACACAUAAUCAAGACUAGAAGCAUUGACCUAAGCAAUGCUCAUAGCCUGGCGAUGGAGUCUCGACUUGAGAAGAGUGUAAUGCCCACUGGUUACAACCUGAGCUUGGAGCCGCGUAUAGAAGAUGCGGUAUACGAUGGUUAUGUGGCCAUCAACCUCACAUGGGCGUCAGAUACUGAUGAGAUUACGCUCCACGUCUCUCCUGAAUUGGAAAUCAUUAAUACAACAGUCAAAGUAUGGCUUGAGAACUCUAAGGAACCCCAAGAGCUUCGUAUAAAAGACGUGGAUCCAGACGCAAAAAAGUCAACGAUAUUGUUCCAAGUCGAUAGAAUGAUCUCGAAAAAUACCAAGGGAGUUAUUGAAUUGACAUUUAAAGGCAAAAUGGAAACAACAAGCAGUGAGGGUCUCUUUAAAACUACUUACAAGACGGAAAAAGAUCGAGAGAGUGUGGUAGUUGCAACACAGCUGCGGCCGAAUAAUGCACGGCGCGUGUUCCCCUGCUUUGAUGAGCCCGAGUUUAAAGCGCCUUUUGAUGUCAGCGUGGUACGGCCUUGCAAGAUGACAGCGCUCAGUAACAUGGAGUCGGAUAGAGUUGAGAAUAUCCCGGAUGAGCCGAACGCUGUCCGCGAGUUCUUCAAGCGUUCACCGCCGAUGUCUACAUUUACUCUCGGCCUCGUCAUUGCAGACAUCGUUGAACUCUGUAAUACCACUAAUUUUGACGACGGCUCAUCUAAUUUUAAUAUACAUUUCUGGGGUCGUGAAGAAUAUAUGGAAGUCCUAAGUGAAGUUCAGUCCAAAAUAAUCCAUGUAAUGGAUGUAAUCAACGAUUACGAUUGGCCAGCUUUGCCAAUAUCCAAAUUGGACAUCGUCGCGUUACCCAACUACCAGGGCGUGAAGCCAGCUGAUAAUUGGGGCCUUAUCGUGUUCAAGGAGAGUGAUCUGAACAAUGAUGGCUACAUCCAGCUGGCGCAGGAGGUGCUGCACCAGUGGCUGGGCGGGCUGGUGACCCCUGCCUGGUGGUCUGAUGUCCACAUAAAUAAGGCUCUUGUUGGAUACUUAGCUGUCGAAGCUUCCUUUAUGAUAAAUGAUGGUAGGGAGAUGGAUGGCAAAUGGCCGAUGACAGUGCUGUAUUCAUUGUACUACGAGUACAGUAAGCGGUACCCGCACUCCAGGAUCACUGGCAUGAAGCAGGAGACGAUGAGCACCAAGAUCGAAUUGCUCUUCCGAAUGUUUAACUUCACGCUCGGCGAAGUUGCGUUCCGGAAUGGAGUCAGGAAGUUCCUGCUUGAGAGGGCGUAUAAAACAUUCGACAGCAAUUUCCUCUGGGAUUGCUUGAAUGCGGAAUUCGCAUUGGUAAACCGCGACAAGCAGAUUAACGUGAAGACAAUUGCUCAGAGCUGGAUAGAGAAGGACAGACUUCCGAUGAUCACACUCACCAGAUAUUACAAUAAUCGUACUGCUCUUUUAAAACAGAAAUUAUACCUCCGCGAGCGUCCACACGACGUACCGGAUGCAGGGGAAAUGGUUUGGUGGAUUCCUCUUAUAAUGACGCGCGGCGACGACAGCUACUUCUACCCCAACGUGAUGAGCUGGAUGGACAGCUCCGAGUUCAUCAUACAACACGCGCCCAAUGAAAAUGUCUUCAUCGUUAUCAAUCCUGAGGAAAUUGCCCCAUGUCCCGUUAAUUAUGAUCAGCGUAAUUGGUACCUUAUCGCGAAAUCUCUCCAAAACGACCACAGAGACUUGUUGUCUCCGCUCAGCCGCGCCAAAGUCCUCCACGACGCCUGGAACCUCGCCUUCGCUGGAGAACUCUCCUUCGCGACCGCACUCAAUAUGACGCUGUUCUUGAAGAAAGAGAAGCAUCACAUCGUGUGGGACCCUGUGUUCACAAUGAUCGAUCACAUCGCAAGACACGUUUGGGAUAUACGAGAUAAAUUCAACGCCUACAUCAUAAGUAUUUUGUGCCCGAUGUACGAGGAAUUAGAAAAGAAAAAUGAAGGAGACGACUUGACUAUCUAUCAGACUAAUUUGCGGGCACAUUUGAAGACUUUCCUCUGUCAGGCAGGGUACAAGCCCUGCAUACAAGAGGCGCAAGAACAGUACAGAAAGUGGAUGAAUGCACAAAAUCCUGAUGAAGGCAAUCCAGUAUCUGAUAGAUAUUUCUGUCCAGUGUUCCGCUGGGGGACACAAGAGGAAUGGGAGUUUGGAUUACAGAGAGUUAUUAACUUCCCUCAUUCUAGAAAACAAAGUGAAAGAACAUACCUUUUAAAAACACUGGCAGGAUGUUUGAGAGACAAAACUAAGAUUACGAGGCUUUUAAAUAUAACGCUUUUAGAAGGGAAUGCAAAUUUCACUGAAAUGGAUCUAUUUUUAAUAAACAAUAUGUUUGCGAAUUCUCCUCAAGCAUAUACCACGUUGCUGCAAUUUAUAAGUGAUAAUUGGGACAUCAUAAGAGAGAGGUAUAAUACAAAAUCUAAUCUGUGGUCUCAUCUGAUAUCGACUGCGACUUCGCACUUUACAACAGAAGCUGGUCUUGAAUUAGUGAGGAGUUUGCAAACAGCACAUAAAGGGGAGUUUGGUCCCGCGGAGCACAUCGUUGAGAAAUCCAUUAAAAAUAUCAAAGAAGAAUGUCAAUGGUCCGCACAGAAUUUGCCUAUUAUGGAAAAAUGGCUGGACGCGUAUUUACACAUGAAUGGUAUUAUUGUUGAAUCAACACAGUCACCUUGAACGGUAACCAUUAAAGUUUUUGUUAAUUAAAUUAUUGUUAUUAGAAAUGUUACAA